GUGUGUGCUUUGGGUGUGUGUGUUAGUGGACAUUUUAUGUGUGCAUUUUUGUGUCUGUAUGUAUGUUCAUUGCACUGAAAAGGGGAAAAGUGUGACCUACUGCCCCAAUAAAUGUGGCCAGGUCCAACUGACCCGGGAGGAUCCAAAACGCAAAUUAUAUAUUAGUCCGAACACACAGUUCAACGAAAAUAGACAAAAUAAAUUUUACUUGCAAAGUUCAUAAUUUGGAACAAUCCUGGUAAAUUUCAGGCAAAUAUGUGCAAGAAAACCCAAGUUAUGACACGUUAAACUUUCAUUAAACCUUCCAGCAGGGUCAGGUAGACCCGAGGAAAAUAGGAAGGUUAAGUAUCAUUCGUUUUUUUCUUAGGCACAAACUACAGAGUAAAGAUGUAAAAGGUAAAAACAUGAUAAAUUUAGACAUAGAAUAAGUAGUAAACAUGGAAAUAAACAAGAAAUAAAAUGACCUUUGCAGUGGUGUCAGUACAAUACAUUAACCAACCCUAACUCUAACUAACCCUAACUAACUCUAACAAAUAUAAACACUAAAUGAAUCGUAAUGCUCUGUUUCUAUCAUUAUACUUUUAAGACCUUUCUGACUGUCAGUGUGAAUGUAGAGGAUGUUUCAGAGACUCCACUUUCCAGAACAUACUGUGUGUGUGUGUGUGUGUGUGUGUGUGUGUGUGUGUGUGUGUGUGUGUUUGUGUGUGUGUGUGUGUGUGUGUGUGUGUGUGUGUGUGUGUGUGUGUGUGUGUGUUUGUGUGUGUGUGUGUGUGUGUGCGUGCGUCUUCUAAAUGCUUGAAAUGUCGACAUAUAAAUAUUCAUUAUAUAUUUAGUUAUUAAUGAACCGCUCGGUGCUCAGCCAAUCAGGUGAUAGCACUGUGAUUGACAGGCUAAUUAUCCAAUGAUCGCAGUCUGUCCUCUUCUUCACAAACCUUCUCGCCUUCUCACAUUGAGCGAAUGGAGCUGCGCGUACACAGCCUGAACUACACCGGAUCACGCGCGACUGCCGUCUAUCUAUCAGCCCGAAGCACGACUUCUUGUUAGUAUCCAUUAAGAUGGACGUUUUACGUCCUGUUUGUGGAAAGAAGACUGUGAGCCCCGAUGACCCCUCUUUACCACCUCUGACAUCUCCUCCUCUCAUGAAAGACUCCUCUCACUCACCUGUUGUCACUGCCAGACCUUCUCAUGGACAGGUGCGCCGGGGCUUUGCAGCAGUGGCAAAGCGGGUGAUUCAGGAAGAGAGGAAGAGGAAGGAGGAAAAACAGGAUAGGGUGGAGCAGGAAGAGGAGUCGGCUGAAGAAGACCUGAGCUUUGAGGAGCUUCUAGAGAAAGCUAAAGCAGGAGAUCCUAAAGCCCAAAGCAAUUUGGGUAAAUACCAUCUGAAGUUAGGGGAAGAUUGUGAGGCUGAUGUAAAUAACCAGAUAGCUGUUGAUUGGCUGGUGAGAGCAGCAAAACAGGGACGAGGAGAUGCAGCAAAACUACUACAACAUUGCUGGACCCUAAAAAAAGGUAUCACUCAGCAAAAUGAAGCUGAAGUCCGUUCACUGUCAAGGGAGAGUAAGUUUGAGCAGGCAGUUCGCCGAGCAGCAAUGACCAUGUAUUGGAAGUUGAACCCAGACAGGAAAGAGAAAAUGGACAAAAGAGAAAUAUUGCAGAAUGUCAGUCAGGUCAACAGUGAAACAGGUGCAGAUUGUAUUAGAACUUCAGAUGUCCAGACACAGAGAAAAGUUUUGGAGGCAAUGGUGUCUGAAGAGCCAAACAGUCAGUAUGUAGAUGUGGAGGGGUUUGUGGAGAUGACGAAAAAAUACACAGAGAACAUCACACAGACACCAGAGAGUAAAGACACUGUGAGCAGAGGAGUGUGUGACUGGGAUGAUUUAACAACACUGGACAAGCAGAAGGGGGUGUGUCCUGUAUCUCAAAGGAAGAGUGUGUGGCCUGGUAGGCAGAUGAUGCUGGAAACAAAAUGCAGCAUGAAGAAAGCCAUAGAUAUCCAAUCCUAUUUCCUGGGUCUACAAUAUCCUCUCCACUUGAUCCUGGAUGUAAAGGAGCACCUGGUGGACUGGGCUUCUCGUGCAGGUGUUCAGUGGCUGAGCACCAUCAUACCGACUCAACAUGUUAAUGCACUCGUCUUCUUCUUCAUCAUUUCUAACCUUACAGUUGAUAUUUUCUUCUUUUUCAUCCCUCUGCUUACGUUUUACCUGGCUUUUAUCUCCAUGGCAAUCUGCACACUGAGGGUGUUUCGUAGCAGUAAAUGCUGGCAGAACUUUAGUGCUUUAGCAGCUCUCCUGAGGCGUUUUGAACCCGAGCUGGACAUUCAGUCUCACUUUGGCUGGGGUCAGCUGGAACAGCACCUUUACUUCCUGGUUUCUGUGUGUUUUGUGAUCUUCAGUUUCCCACUGGCUGAUAAACGCUGGAUCCCAUGCUCAGAGCUCUGCACGGUGGCCAUGUUCUUCACAGCUCUUAGUUAUGCCUCUCUAACCCCAGCAGCAGCAUCGUACACACGCAGAGCCUUCAUCAUUGAGGUGGCCUCCUCUCUGUGUGCCCUAACAACACGCCUUCCUCAGGAAUUUAGGACGCUGCGGCUUUUAGGCCAAACAUUUGCAACAGUGCCAGUCGGAGAGUUGGUGGUACUUACGAUUAGCCUGCCUUGCCUGCUUUAUCUCUACCUUUUUUAUCUGUUCUUUAGCAUGGCCCGGAUGCAUGGAUUCCGAGGGACAUACUGCUUCCUGGUUCCCUACCUAGUGUGUUUUAUGUGGUUGGAGUUUGCAGUUGUUCUCCUGCAGAACUCCACUCUGAUUGGUCUGAUUCGCACUUGUGUUGCAUACUUCCUCUUUCUGUUUGCGCUGCCUGUACUGGCAAUGGGACUGGCGGCCAUGUUAAUGAUCCAGAUGGUAAAGUGGUUUGUGGAACUGGAGCUAACAAAGAUGUUGGUGACAUUGGCAGUGUGUGUGGUUCCUGUCACACUCCGUCUGUGGACUCGCUUCAGUCUGUCAAUUCUGAGUGUGCUGCACUCCAUCACACACCGUGGCCCUGUCAAACUCAUCCUCUUGUGUUUGUGCUGUGUGUUUUUGGUGUGUCUGGGUUAUGUGUACAGUGCAGAGGGGCUGAAAGUGUAUAACUCCACACUGACAUGGGAGCAGUACAACACAGUGUGUGGUCCCCCUGCAUGGAAACAAUAUGGCAUCCCACACACUCAAAUCCUCUGCAGUCACCUGGAAGGACACAGAGUCACAUGGAGUGGAUGGUUUCUGGGUGUCCGAGUUGCUGAGACAGAGAACGGAGCUCAGUCACUCAUCAACUUGCUGCCUGUGUUCAUGGGUGAUUGGCUGCGUUGCCUCUAUGGCGAUGAAUAUCCGUCCUGUGAGAGGCAGAAUGUUAGCAAUUCACUGCAAGAACAAACAAGUGUAAAUGCGUCAGUUCUCUUCCACAAGCGAGAGGAAGAGGAACUCUGCCGCAUCAAACAUAUUGCAAAACACCACUGCCAUGUUAAACGCUUUGAUAAGUACCGCUUUGAGGUAACAUUGCGUCAUCCAGUCAGUGGAGCUGAGAUUGUAGACAGUGACAAUGACAUCAUCCUCCUUGCCAGCCAUGAGUUUAAGCAGGUAUUGCUGAACUUAAAUGAGGGCAGCAUGGUGGAGUUCAGUACCAAGUUGGAGGGGAAAUUGGGAUCCAAACUACCGAGACUGGAGCUAAAGGCAAUUCACUGUCUGAACUGCACAUCAUCGCUGCUGCCUGAAGGAAGACAAGUUAAAAUCGAACGCAACUGGAGGAAGAGUGUGCAGGCAGCCAUCAAAUUUGCCUUUGACUUUUUCUUCUCCCCCUUACUCUCAGCCAGGAUCAAGGUGUGAAGAAGAGCAGUGUAGUGUGUUCAGGUUCAUGUUAGGAUAUUAGUGAAGAAAUUCAUGGAAUGUACCAGGACUGGCAGAAGAUGGAGUAUUGUUUGUUGCACUUUUCAGUGCUGAUGUUUGUUGUGAAAACAUAUAGCUCACAUCAGCACCACACUAACACCACACUAAAUGUGUUACAUUUUUUCAUCAUUUAUAGUCACUCAUUUAGAGUGACUAUAUGUUUACAAUAUGUUGUCCAAAAGGUUCUGUUUAAGGCCACAUUUAUAUCACAUUUAUAGUUUUAUUAAUUCAAUGCUGAUAUGAUGAUAAUUAUCAGUUCAACUCAAUUCAACUGAAAAAUCAAAGAUUAGAAGUUUGGAUUAAUUUCUUUUAAAGUUAUUGCAGAUGUUGAUUUUGCUGUGAAACCAAAAAGCAUCAGGACAAUGUUAUGAAUCUGGGUGCUGGUUUAUUACUAGACUUGAAAAUAAAUUGAAUGAAGCUUAUUUACAUUUUAGAAAUUUAGUUUUUUAAUGAAUACAUUGUCUGAAAAAUAGACUUAUUUUUGUGUUAGGCUUUGCAUGAGUUCAGUUUGUGUGCAUAAAUUAAACAAAUAUUAGGCUGCAACAUCCUUAGCCCCAGUACCCAAUCCAGACCACCAGAGGGAAACCUCUCCUGAAUAUAGGACUUCCGGGUAACCACUCAGCACUCCUCGGUCACCGCUAUAUAAGCACACUCACCAUUAGCAUGUAGUGAAAUAUUGUUAGGUUGACCUCUGAUUCUGGGUUAGGGUUGGGGUUGGGGUUGGGGUUGGGGUUGGGGUUGGGGUUAGGGCUAGUUCUAGUUCUAAGCCUAACCUGGUUCUUCACUGUGUUUGAACUGUGUCUUCUUUAAUAUAACUGCAUAUGGAUUCAUCACAUUCUGCCUUCAUGUCACAUAGGCACAAAUAUUAUGCGUUUUUAAAUCUGGGCUAGUGUAUGUGUGUGUGUGUAUACAUACAUAAUGCUGUAAUCCAUUCACCUGUGAGUAAUUUAUUAAAACAGCACCACUGAUGUAGAA